AUGCAUCGACUUCUAUAUAUACGACAAUUUAUCCAUCGCACUAUCUAUCUAUUCAUCUAUCUAUCUAUCUAUCUAUCUAUCUAUCUAUCUGUCCCAUUCUGUUUCUAUCUAUCUAUCUAUCUAUCUAUCUAUCUAUCUAUCUAUCUAUCUAUCUGUCCCAUUCUGUUUCUAUCUAUCUAUCUAUCUAUCUAUCUAUCUAUCUAUCUAUCUAUCUAUCUAUCUAUCUAUCCCAUUCUGUUUCUAUCUAUCUAUCUAUCUAUCUAUCUAUCUAUUGCAUCUUUUUUCUUUCCUCAACUUCGCUUUCUAUUUUUCUUUAAUUUUCUGUUAUUUUACUUCCUUUUCACCGAAUCAUUCAUUCAUUCGUUUUUCAUCAACUUUCUUUUCUUUCUUUCUUUCUUUUCUUUCUUUCUUUUCUUCUUUCUUUUUUCUUUUCUUCCUUCCUUUCUUUGUUUUCUUUUCUUUUCUUUUCUUUCUUUCUUUGUUUUCUUUCUUUGUUUUCUUUCUUUCUUUGUUUUCUUUCUUUCUUUCAUUCUUUUCUUUCUUUCUUUUCUUUUUCUUUCUUUCUUUUCUUUUUUCUUUCUUUCUUUCUUUCUUUCUUUUCUUUCUUUCUUUCUUUUCUUUCUUUUCUUCCUUCCUUUUCUUUCUUUCUUUCUUUCUUUCUUUUCUUUUCUUUUCUUUCUUUCUUUUUCUUUUCUUUCUUUCUUUCUUUCUUUCUUUUCUUCCUUCCUUUUCUUUUUUUCUUUCUUUCUUUUCUUUUCUUUCUUUCUUUCUUUUCUUUCUUUCUUCCUCUUCUUUCUUUCUUUCUUUCUUUUCUUUAUUUCUUUUCUUUCUUCCUUUCUUUCUUUCUUUCUUUCUUUUCUUUCUUUCUUUCUUUUCUUUCUUUCUGUCUUUCUUUCUUUUUUCUUUUCUUCCUUCCUUUCUUUGUUUUCUUUUCCUUUCUUUUCUUUCUUUCUUUGUUUUCUUUCUUUGUUUUCUUUCUUUCUUUCUUUUCUUUCUUUCUUUCUUUCAUUCUUUUCUUUCUUUUCUUUUUCUUUCUUUCUUUUCUUUUUUCUUUCUUUCUUUCUUUCUUUCUUUUCUUUCUUUCUUUCUUUUCUUCCUUCCUUUUCUUUCUUUCUUUUCUUUUCUUUUCUUUCUUUCUUUCUUUCUUUUCUUUUCUUUCUUUCUUUCUUUCUUUUCUUCCUUCCUUUUCUUUUCUUUCUUUCUUUAUUUUUUUUUCUUUCUAUCUUUUCUUUUCUUUCUUUCUUUCUUUCUUUUCUUUCUUUCUUCCUUUUCUUUCUUUCUUUCUUUCUUUCUUUCCUUAUUUCUUUGUUUUCUUUAUUUCUUUUCUUUCUUCCUUUCUUUCUUUUCUUUCUUUCUUUCUUUCUUUUUCAAUUUUUUCUCAUAUUUUCGAUGUCGUUCUACUCAACCUUCGUCAACUUUAUGAAUGUCUGCCUGCCUAUCUAUCUAUCUAUCUAUCUAUCUAUCAUCGCCAUUUUAUGUCUAUCUAUCUAUCUUUCUAUCUAUCUAUCUAUCUAUCAUCGCCAUUUUAUGUCUAUCUGUCUGUGUAUCUGUCUGUCCGUCUAUCUAUCUAUCUAUCCAUCUAUCUAUCUAUCUAUCUAUCUAUCUAUCUAUAUAUAUAUAUAUAUAUAUAUAUAUAUAUCACCGCCUUUUUCAAAUUUAUCUAUCUUCGACAUUUUCGUAUCUAUCUAUCUAUCUAUCUAUCUUUCUUUCUUUCUUUCUUUCUUUCUAUCUAUCUAUCUAUCUAUCUAUCUAUCACGGCCUUUCUUUCUUUCUUUCUUUCUUUCUAUCUAUCUUUCUAUCACAUUCAGCUCCUAUCUAUCUAUCUUCACCAUUUUCAUAUCUAUUUAUCUCUCAUAUUCUGUUUAUAUCUAUCUAUCUAUCUAUCUAUCUAUCUAUCUAUCUAUCUAUCUAUCUAUCUAUCUAUCUUCGCCUUUUUCAUAUCAAUCUAUCUUGACCAUUUUCAUAUAUAUUUAUCUGUCAUAUUCUGUUCAUAUCUAUCUAUCUAUCUUCGCCUUUUUCAUAUCAAUCUAUCUUGACCAUUUUCAUAUAUAUUUAUGUCAUAUUCUGUUCAUAUCUAUCUAUCUAUCUAUUUAUCUAUCUAUCUAUCUAUCUUUCCCUUUUUCAUAUCAAUCUAUCUUGACCAUUUUCAUAUAUAUUUAUCUGUCAUAUUCUGUUCAUAUCUAUCUAUCUAUCUUUGCCUUUUUCAUAUCAAUCUAUCUUGACCAUUUUCAUAUAUAUUUAUCUGUCAUAUUCUUCAUAUUCUGUUCAUAUCUAUCUAUCUAUCUAUCUAUCUUUGCCUUUUUCAUAUCAAUCUAUCUUGAACAUUUUCAUAUAUAUUUAUCUGUCAUAUUCUGUUCAUAUCUAUCUAUCUAUCUAUCUAUCUAUCUAUCUUUGCCUUUUUCAUAUCAAUCUAUCUUGAACAUUUUCAUAUAUAUUUAUCUGUCAUAUUCUGUUCAUAUCUAUCUAUCUAUCUAUCUAUCUAUCUUUGCCUUUUUCAUAUCAAUCUAUCUUGAACAUUUUCAUAUAUAUUUAUCUGUCAUAUUCUGUUCAUAUCUAUCUAUCUAUCUAUCUAUCUAUCUAUCUAUCUAUCUAUCUAUCUUUGCCUUUUUCAUAUCAAUCUAUCUUGAACAUUUUCAUAUAUAUUUAUCUGUCAUAUUCUGUUCAUAUCUAUCUAUCUAUCUAUCUAUCUAUCUAUCUAUCUAUCUAUCACAUUCUGUUCAUAUUUAUGUAUCUAUUUAUGUUUCUUCCCCAUUUUCAUAUUUAUCUAUCUAUCUUUCACAUUCUGUUCAUAUUUAUGUAUCUAUUUAUCUUUCUUCGCCAUUUUCAUAUCUAUCUAUCUAG